CAAUAUUUGGACAAAGCGACCCAGCUACGUCCGUCCCACAAAGGCGCCAGUGUACCAGUCGUGCGGCAUCAAGAGUUCCCCAACAUCAUGGGCGGAAACAGCGCCCACGAAGGGGAGUGGGCGUGGCAGGUGUCGCUCCAAUACUCCAGCGGGUACCAAAGGUCGGCUCACUUCUGUGGGGGUGUCCUCAUCAAGGACCGAUGGGUGCUCACAGCAGCUCACUGUGUUAUCAGACGUUUGAGCGGCCUCAUGAAGGUCGUCAUCGGCGCACACAACUUGCAAAAGACGAGUCGGUUCCAGGUCAAGGUCGGGGUCGAGUCUCUACACAUGCACCCAAAGUACGAGAACAUGGGGAGUUACCCCAACGACAUCGCCCUGAUCAAGUUAGCUGACCCCGUGGACGUGAACAGCGGCUUCAUCCGUGAAGUGUGUCUGCCCAAACCAUAUGAAGUCAUCGCCGACGAGAGCGCUUAUUCCCGGGAGACGGGUUGCUGGGUGACUGGCUGGGGAUUGACAUCAAAGUGGAGAUACAGCGAUGUUCUACAGGAAGUUCGCAUCGGCUUGGUGAACAACACCUACUGCGCCAAACUGUGGCGCGGCUACGUCAACAACAACCACAUCUGCGUGGGCAUGGGCAACAAGGGAGCGUGCAGAGGUGACUCCGGAGGACCUAUGAUGUGCUCAAAGAACGGCCGCUUCUACCUCGCGGGGAUCACAUCUUGGGGUGAGGAAACGUGUUCGGAGUUCGGCUACCCCAACAUCUUCACCAGGGUGGCCAACUACAUGAACUGGAUCACUGACACCAUGAAGAAGAACUCUUGAUCCCGCGUUUUUAGUUUUAGAACUCGCUGGCGACGUUUGACUAGACGCCAUCUUGGGCGCUUAUCGGCGCCGGCAGCACGGUUGACUGUCAGAAUUUCAGAGUCGACCACAUUCUAAGUGUUGCCAUUUCCGAAAUAACAGACCCAUGAAGU